CACAGACCUGUGUGUGUGUGUGUGUGUGUGUGUGUGUGUGUGAGGAGGCAAGUGCCAGACAUAUGGAGUUGAUCAGCAGGCUGGGUGCUGAUGUUUUCGUUGGGAAUGCUGACAGGCUGACAGGCAAACGAGUGCGCUCCAGUGACACACAAUCUCACCCGAGCCCUCCUGGACAAUCCGAAGGAGAGAGUGAGUGGAGAAGAAAGAAGAGAAGAAGAGAAGAGGAGAAGACUAACAGAGAAAAAAGAAAUUUACUGUGACUGCCCCUUUUUUACUGCUCCUCUGUCUCUUUCUGCAAGCCUUUCAUUCUCUCUCUUCCACACCAAGCCAGACACGCGCGCUCUCUCACUCGCUGCCUCUUACAGAACUUUUAUGCUCUCUCCCUCCCUCGCUUUCCCUCUCUCUUUCUGUCUCUUUCUAAACGAUUUGGAGAGAGGGGGGAAGUAUUUGAAGGCUGGCUGAACUGCAGGAGCUCCCCAGACACCCGCAGCCAGAGCAGAGAGAGGAGCAGCUCUGCUGUACGCUGACCGCUCCACUGAAGAACCAGCCCCAGCUGGCGGGAGUGAGAGAGCAGACAAGAGACCAGUGGGACCGUACCGCUGAUUGCUCCUCCUGGUUAACCACACACAGGAGUUUGGCUUUUCCUCCACGUGGAUGUCAUGGCUGAUCAGAGAGCCCCACUGGCCUUGUGCCUCUCUCUGGUGCUCUUUAGCCUGUUGUGCCUUGUGGGAGGCGGGAGACCCUCACAGGGCCGUGGCCGACAGAUGCAGAACCUGCAUGGCCUGCGAAUGGCUGGCCAGACCCGCCGCACCACCUCGGAAGGCGUCGAGAGCAAGGUGGAGCGGCUGGGCCAAGUGUUCCGUCGUAACGUGCGUCUGCUCCGUGAACGCGCUGACCGCCUUGACCUGGUCUUCCUCGUGGACGAGUCGUCCAGCGUCGGCGCAGCAAACUUUCGCAGUGAGCUGCACUUCGUGCGCAAGAUGCUGUCUGACUUUCCGGUGGCACCCGAGGCCACGCGGGUCGCCCUGGUGACGUUCAGCUCCAAGAGUCGUGUGGUGACCAGGGUGGACCACGUCUCAGCAUUCAAACAGCACCAGCACAAGUGCUCACUGUUCAAUAAGGAGAUCCCUGGCAUCACAUACCAAGGAGGUGGCACCUAUACCAGGGGAGCCUUCCAGCGUGCAGCGCAUAUUUUGCGGCACUCUCGAGAAAAUUCCACGAAGGUUAUAUUCCUCAUCACAGAUGGCUACUCAAAUGGAGGUGACCCCCGGCCGGUGGCAGCGGUGCUACGGCAGAACGGUGUGGAGAUAUUCACACUGGGAAUUUGGCAGGGGAAUAUCCGUGAGCUGCACGACAUGGCAUCACAUCCGAAAGAUCAGCACUGCUAUCUCGUACACAACUUUGCUGAGUUUGAGGCUCUUGCUCGACGUGCUCUUCACGAAGACUUGCCCACAGGCACUUACAUCCAAGAGGACAUGUCUCACUGCUCCUCUCUGUGUGCGGAGGGGAGGGACUGCUGUGACCUCAUGGCCAGCUGUAAGUGUGGCACACACACAGGCCAGUACGACUGCGUGUGUGAGAAAGGGCAUUAUGGCAAGGGACUUCAGCACGAGUGCACAGCAUGCCCAUCGGGUACAUACAAGCCUGAGGCAGUGCCGGGCGGUGUGGGGACAUGUCAGUCCUGCCCUGACCCCCAGCACACCUCCAGACCCGGCAGCACUGCCCUAUCUGACUGUGUGUGUAAGGAUGGCUACAGACUGCACAACCACACCUGUCAAGCGGUGGUGUGUUCAGUUCUCUCUCCUCCAGAGCAUGGCUUCUUCAUCCAGAGUGUGUGUAAUAACCAGUAUAACUCAGCGUGUGGUGUACGCUGUUUGCCAGGCUUUGAGCUGCAGAGAAGCAGCAUUAGACUGUGUCAAGCAAAUGGCACCUGGUCUGGAGCUCCGCCCAUCUGCACAGCGCGCUCCUGCCCAGUACUUUCGCCUCCACCACAUGGCAAACUGAAUUGCAGUGAAGGCGGCUCCCCCUACAGGCUGGAGUGUGCAGUGCACUGUCAGCAGGGCUACAGGAUAGAGGGCCAAGCCAAACUCACCUGCUUGUCAAGCUCACAGUGGAGCAGCCCUCCACCUCGGUGUGUGGAGGUGCGCUGUCCCCGAAUCGUAACCUUUAAACAUGUCCGCCUGAUGCCACCUGUCUGUGGAGAAAGAGCAGUGCGGAGUGGAGCCAUCUGCCGAUUAUCCUGUCGUCACGGCUACCGUCUCAUGGGUAAUCCAGAGGUGCGAUGCUUGCCUUCUGGAGACUGGAAUAACGAUUUGCAUAAAGCCACCUGUGCAGAUGCAGAGCCUCCAUGGAUUGAAUGCCCUGGGAACAUCAUCAUGGAAACAGACAAACAUCAGGGGUCAUCUAAUAUCACGCUGGGUGCACCAAUACUGGGUGACAAUUCCGGAGAGGAGGUGUCUGUCCAGGUGAUGCCUGUUCUGAACCCAACCCAGCCUUUCCCCAUCGGUACAGAGCUCAUCACCUACACAGCCACUGACCAUGCUGGAAACCAGGCCAACUGCUCCUUCACUGUCACCGUCAUCGAUACGGAGCCUCCGUUGAUUGACAGGUGUCGGUCUCCACCCACGGUCCAGGCCACAGACAGAGAGACACCCGUCUACUGGGAAGAGCCACAGUUUUCAGACAAUUCAGGUGCUUGGUUAAACAUCUCCAGCACACACUCCUCUGGUGAUGCAUUUCCUAUCGGAGAGACAGCUGUGUACUAUACAGCCACAGACCCAUCUGGCAACAACCGCACCUGUGAACUCAUCAUUACAGUGGAAGGCUCCACGUGCGAGCAGCCGUACAUACCUGUAAAUGCAGACUUCUCCUGCUUGAAGCGGGAGAAGGGUGUCAACUGCACCCUGGUCUGCAGACAGGGUUACAGUCUUACCCAGAAUGCAGUGCACAGCUACUUCUGCCCCAAUAAUGGCCUGUGGGAGCCAGCUCGCUCGACGGACAGGCCUGAAUGCUCUCUGAACAGAAUAGCCAACAAUGGCUUUAAACCCUUUGAGAUGCUGUUUAAAGCAUCGCGUUGUGAUGACCCAGAUCUGCUCAAGUCCUUCACUGGCAAUUUCAACUCUGUUCUAGGAGGCAUAGUUCCUAAUAUCUGCAGUGGAGAUGAUAUCAGCUGUAAACUGGAAGUGAUGUCACAAGGGCAGUGUCUGGAGUACAACUAUGACUAUCCUAAUGGAUUCGCUAUUGGACCUGGUGGGUGGGGCAGUAAUGGACAGGACUAUGCUUACUUUGACAGUGGCUUUUCUCUGGACCACCACCACACCCCACUACAGCAGGAUGGUGUGUUCCAUCACAAUUCCCAUAUCAGGGCGAAACGCAAUCGUGGGAAUAACAGGCCCACUCGUGACCAGAAGAUCCAGAUAUACUUCAACAUCACAGCAAGCAUCCCACUGCCCAUGUCAAGGAAUGACUCCAUGGAAGUGGCCAAUCAGAAACGGCUCCUGCGUACCUUGGAGCUGUUGACCAAUCGGCUGAAGCGGACGCUGAGCAGGCAGCCACUGAGCACAUUUCACGUCUCAUCAGAGAUGAUCGUGGCGGACCCCAAGUCCCUGGAGAGUAAGAAGGCCUCGCUCUUCUGCCAGCCAGGUUCUGUGCUCAAGGGCCGCAUGUGUGUGCAGUGCCCAGUGGGGACGUAUUUCUCAGUGGAGCACGCUGAGUGUGAGAGCUGCAGAAGAGGUGCCUACCAGGACGAGGAGGGACAGCUGGAGUGUAAGAGGUGUCCUGAUGGGUCCUCUACACCUUACCUCCACUCUCGCAGCCUGGUCGAGUGCAGAGCACAGUGCAAGCCUGGCAGCUCAUCACUGAGUGGCUUGGAGACGUGUGAGUCAUGCCCACUGGGGGAGUACCAGCCUGGCUCUGGGUCGCGGUUCUGCCUGCCCUGCCCACCCGGCACCUCCACAGUCAUCAGAGGAGCCAUGGACCCCGGCGAGUGUGGAGUUCCAUGCGUUGCGGGUCAUUUCUCCCGGACGGGGCUGGUCCCAUGUUACCCCUGUCCCCGUGAUUACUACCAGCCUAAUGAGGGCCGAUCCUACUGCCUCUCCUGCCCCUUCUAUGGCACCACCACCAUCACGGGAGCCAGAUCCAUCCAGCAGUGCUCCAGUUUUGGCUCCAGUUUCUUGCCAAAGGAAGAAAGUGUAACUACUGCUCCAGAGGUCAUGGUGGGAAAAGAUUACCAGGCCAGCAGUCAGAUGUUCCAUGAGUGCUUCCUGAACCCAUGUCAGAACCAGGGCACCUGUGAAGAGGUGGGAGUUGGUUUUGUGUGCACCUGUCUCGCAGGGUUCACAGGAGCAAAGUGUGAGAACGACAUUGACGAAUGUGACUCUGCUCCGUGUCAGAAUAGCGGCUUGUGCAGAGAUGGCAUGGGAGGCUUCCAGUGCCAGUGCCAGCCAGGCUUUGUGGGAUUACUGUGUGAGGUUGAGAUAAAUGAAUGCAGCUCCUCUCCAUGUCUGAAUGAGGGAGUAUGUGUGGACAAGGUGAAUCGGUUCACCUGCAGCUGCACAGAUGGAUUCACAGGCCCUCAGUGUGAACUGGAAGUAGAUGAGUGUGAAUCCAGUCCUUGUCAGAACAGAGGGGUGUGUAAGGACCAGCAGGCUGGAUAUUCUUGCUCCUGCAGUCAGGGCUUCACUGGAGACAACUGUGAGGUGAACAUUGAUGAGUGCUACAGCGCUCCCUGCCUGAACAAAGGAACAUGUGUGGAUGCUAUCAAUGACUUCAGGUGUGAGUGUGUGAAAGGGUACAGUGGCAAACUGUGUCAGGUGGAUGAGGACGAGUGCAAGCCAAACCCAUGUGAGAACAGUGCCACAUGUGAGGAUGGAGUGGGAAUAUACACCUGCCGAUGCCCUCCUGGGUUCAACGGAACCAGGUGUGAGACAGAAAUGUCUUCCUCCUUUGAUCUGGAGUUUGAGGUGUCUGGUAUCCAUAGUUAUGUGAUGAUGGAUGGCCUAAUGCCUUCACUGGACCAAAUCACAUGUGCAUUCUGGAUGAGGUCGUCGGACACGGUUAACUAUGGAACACCAAUCUCGUAUGCUGUGGAGGGCGGAAGUGACAAUUCCUUCCUGCUCAUAGACUACAAUGGCUGGGUGCUCUACGUAAAUGGAAGAGAGAAGAUCACGGACUGCCCCGCCGUGAAUGAUGGUCGCUGGCAUCAUAUCGCUGUCUCAUGGAGAAGCAAGGAUGGUGACUGGAGAGUUUACAUCGAUGGAAGCCCCUCAGAUGGAGGGAAGGACCUGUCUGUUGGUACCACUAUACCAGGAGGUGGGGCUCUGGUCCUGGGGCAAGAUCAGGACCAGAGAGGUGAGGGCUUCAACCCUGUUGAGUCCUUCGUGGGCUCCCUCAGCCAACUUAACAUAUGGAAUUAUGUCCUCUCACCACAGCAGAUCAGGUCUUUGGCCACCAGUUGUCCAAGUGACCUACAGAAAGGGAAUGUGUUCGCCUGGCCGGACUUCUUGCAUGGGGUCACAGGCAGAGUGAAAAUCAACCCUAAGAGCAUGUUCUGUGCUGACUGCCCCCUCCUGGAGGGUACAGUUCCCAACCUGCUCUCCUCCAGUCCAGCUGUGAGCCCUGGCUCUCAGGUAAAGUUCUCCUGCAAUCCUGGAUACUACUUGGUGGGGGAGCCAGUGAUGCAGUGCCAGAAUAGAGGUGCAUGGAGCCACACACAACCUCGAUGUCAACGUACAAACUGUGGAGCUCCCCCACCUCUGGAGUACGGCCAGUAUCAGGGAGAGGAUUUUGAUGCUGGGAGCUCAGUGAUUUACCAGUGUAAGCCUGGCUUCUACCUGCUUGGGGAGAGCAAGAUGCAAUGUUCCAACAGCGGCAAGUGGAGUGGCAGCCUGCCUGCCUGUCUGGAUGUGGAUGAGUGUGCUUUGGGCUCCGACUGUGAUGAGAAUGCUAGCUGCCAGAACACAGAUGGCUCUUAUAUCUGUACAUGCUUCUUUCCCUACACCGGAGAUGGGAAGACCUGCACAGCUCUAUCAUGUAGUCCACCUACCGUCCCAGAGCAUGCAAUCCUGAUGGGGACAAACUUCACAUACAGAAGCAAGGUGACUUUCAGCUGUGAUAAAGGUUACAUCCUCCAAGGGCCAAUGGAAAUCCAGUGUCAGUCUAGCUUAACAUGGAACAGACCACCACCUGGCUGUCAGCCUGUCACCUGUGGAGAGCCCCCAGUAGUAGACCAUGCAGAGUUCACUCUCAGUGGCAAAGUCUACUUGUCCACCCUAUCAUACACCUGCAUGGAGGGAUACAGACUCCAGGGCCCAAGGCAGCUGAAGUGUGAGCAAUUUGGAGAAUGGACAUCCCCUCUUCCUGUCUGUGUCAAACUGAACUGUGGGGAACCGCCUCACUUGAAGGAUGCCGUAAUCAAAGGAGACAACUUCACUCUGGGCAGUCAGGUGCACUACAUCUGCAAAGAGGGAUACACACUACUUGGUGCUGAAACCCAGGAGUGCCUGCCAAGUGGUGAAUGGAGUCAUAACUCUGCCCAGUGUGUGCCUCGUUCAUGUGGGCCACCACCACCUGUUGACCAUGCCCUCCCUGACACCGGACACCAACUGUUUGGUGAUACAGCUAUCUAUUUCUGUGAUGAUGGCUACACCACAGGAAACAACACCAAACUGUUUUGCAAUGCAGAGGGCAUUUGGGCACCUCCUGAUGGACUCAGUAUGCCACACUGCAUUGCCAACUUCUGCCAGCGACCUCCGGAUCUACCUCAUGCCAUCCUGGACUCAAUCAACAAGUCCAAAUAUGCAAGUAACACAGAGGUCAGCUACAAAUGCGAGGAAGGAUUUGUGCUCAACACCACAGCAACUUUGAAAUGCCUAAUGGGGGGAGAUUGGUCACCUUCACCCAUGGAUAUUGGCUGUGUUCCUGUGAGAUGCUCCAAGCCAGAGACUAUUGAGAGAGGUUAUGUCAGCGGGACCAACUACAGCUUUGGAGCUGUGGUUGCAUAUAGCUGUGAUAAGGGCUACUACAUCAGAGGGGAGAAAAGGAGGACUUGUAAGGCUAAUGGAGAGUGGGGAGGGGUGUUACCCACUUGCCAACCCAUUGCUUGCUCUAGUCCACCUCGACUGACAAAUGGCUACAUAAAGGAGUCCAUGAGAAAGGGCAACUAUGUGUACAGCAAUAAAGUGACAUAUGCUUGUAAUGCUGGUUAUCGUCUGACUGGGAAGCCUGAGCGUAUGUGCAUGGCCAACAAACAAUGGUCCAAUAGUGACCCUCCAGUCUGUGUGCUUUUGACCUGCCCCACACCUUCUACUAUUGAGCAUGGACACUACAGUGGAUCCAUAUUUGAGGUGGGAAGUAAAGUGGAAUAUGUCUGUGAUGAGGGCUAUGAACUUACUGGAGAUGCAGUAUGGACCUGUUUGAAGUAUGGCAAGUGGGACAAGAGCAGAACACCUCAUUGUUCCCCAGUUAAGUGCCCAGAACCACCUUUGGAGGAGAAUCAUUUAGUAUUGCGAAGCCUGGAUUCAGACUCAGGCACUGUGGAGCUUUCUUGUGAAGAUGGUUAUGUACUGUAUGGAGCAAGGACUCUUCGAUGUACCCCAUCCCAAGAAUGGAAUGAUUCCUUUCCAGUCUGCAAGCAGGUAUCUUGUGGACCACCACCAGAGGUUUCUUUUGGUGAUCCAUCAUCAGCAUCUUCCUAUUUUAGCAGUGUGGUUACCUACUCCUGCAUGGCUGGCUUUACACUUCGGAAGGAAUCUUCUGUUAGCUGCCAAGCAGAUGGACAUUGGAGUACCCCACAUCCAGAAUGUAUUCCUGUGGAGUGCCCACAUCCUGAAGAAAUACCAAAUGGUAUAGUGGAUGUUCAAGGUCUCAUGUAUCUUAGCACUGCACUGUAUAGUUGCAAGCCAGGGUAUGACCUAGUGGGCAACUCAACUGUGCUGUGUGGUCAGAGUGGACUCUGGAUUGGGGGAGUACCUGCUUGUCGACCUAUUGAGUGUCCUCCACCAAAAGAGAUCCGCUUUGGCUCUGCCAAGUACUCAAAACUUCAGUUUAGCAGGUCUGUGACCUACUUCUGUCAGCGAGGAUAUCGUCUAGAAGGUCCAGAGACUCUUAUUUGUCUAGAGAGUGGUAAAUGGGACAAGGAGGCUCCAUCUUGCAUUCAGGUCUACUGCUUGCCCCCUAAAUCAAUUGACAGUGGCUUUGUUGAAGGUCAGGACCAUAAGUUUGGUGCCACUAUCUUCUACAGCUGUUUCCCAGGCUUCUUACUUGUUGGAGAGAACCACCUUACCUGUGAGGAACAUGGUUGGUCAAGUUCAGUACCUAUCUGCAUUCCAGCAGACUGUGGCCUUCCUCCACAUAUUGACUUUGGUGAUUACUUGAAGAUUCAAGAUCCAUCUGCUGAGUUGUCAAGAGAAGACAGCAAAUCAACAGGCCAACCUUUACUUGCAGACAACAGCUAUUUGCAUGGAACCAUGGUCCAGUACCACUGCCAUGCAGGAUAUGAAAUGAGUAGUGGAGUUGCACUUCUGUGUCAAGAGAAUGGUACUUGGAAUGGGACUGCACCUGUGUGUGUGCCUGCUGAAUGUGAGACACCCCCUUAUCCUGAACAUGGAUCAGCAAUAGUAAAAGACACUGCACUGGGUAGCUUGGUGGAGUAUAGCUGUGAAGAAGGGUAUGAGCUGGAUAGCCAUUCAGUGCGACAGUGCAUCUCUGGACGCCAGUGGAGUGAUGAAGCACCCAACUGUGUUCCUGUCAAAUGUGGUGACCCAGGAGGUAUUGCUAACGGUGAAGUAGUGGGAGUUUCUUUCCAUUUCAGUGAUGUGAUCCACUAUGAGUGCCAUUCUGGAUUUAUUCUACAGGGCUUGGAAAACAGGACUUGCCUAAUGGAUGGUAAAUGGGAUGGCAAAGCACCAUGGUGUAAAGCUGUGUCUUGUGGACGUCCUGUGGUAUCAAGCAGCGUGUUAGUGAAAGGAGAUGAUUAUACCUUUGGCAAGCGGGUACUCUUCCAGUGCAACCCUGGGUUCCUCUUACAUGGGGCACCAACAAGUGUUUGUUUAGCCAAUGGAACCUGGAGUGAAAGUGCUCCCAAGUGCCUCCCAGCUGACUGUGGCGCUCCCCCUAUUGUUAAAAAUAGCCGUGUCUCAGGAACAAAUUAUGGUUAUAAUGGCAAAGUGAAUUAUGAGUGUGACGUUGGCUAUACCUUAACAGGAAAUCCCACCCUUGUUUGUAGAGGUGAUGGACUAUGGGAUGAUCCUCCACCGCGAUGUGACAUAGUCACCUGUGAUCCACCUGAAGACAUCAGCCAUGGCUUUCUGAAUGGCUCAAGCUUUAAUUUUGAGGAUGUGGUGGAGUAUGUUUGUUUCCCUGGCUAUGAGGUAGUUGGCAGUCCAAUUUUACGCUGUGCAGCAGAAGGCAUUUGGCUUGGGGAAGUGCCGGAAUGUCGACCAUGUGUGUGCAACCCACCAAAGCUAAAGUAUGGUGUCGUGCUUGGGCGAGAUCACACCUGUGGGGCUAGUAUCUGGUUCCGUUGUGAUGAAGGCUAUAAAACUCUUGGACCCACAGAAGCAGUGUGUGACAAGGGUGGAGUGUGGAGUCCAGGAGUACCCAUUUGUAGCAAGGGAAGAUGUUCCACACCUCCUCCAACUGUACCCAAUGCUGUUGUAAUAGGCAGUGCUACUAUGUUCGAUACUGUUACCUAUGGAUGCAGACCAGGAUACCAUAUACAGGGACCUCCUAAUGUCUCCUGUGGAAGGCUGGGAAGGUGGGGAGUGCCUAAUCUGCACUGUGAUCCUGUGUCUUGUGGAAUGCCCCCUCUUGUCCCAAAUGCAGAAAUUGUGGAAUCUACUUUUACCUAUGGAAGCAAGGCUCAAUACAGGUGCCUAGAUGGGUACAAAAUGGCCACACAAACGGACUCAGUCAAAUGUCAGAGUGAUGGUACUUGGUCCAAACAUAGUGUGAGGUGUCGACCGAUACCAUGCAGCCUUCCUUCCAACAUAACCAAUGUCAUAGUUACUGGCGCUCAGCUCACACCCAUAGGAGGCACUGUAACAAUCUCCUGCAGAUCUGGGUUUUAUCUUGAAGGUCCAGGAUUAUCUGAAUGUGAGCUUUUUGGCAGGUGGUCUCCAUUCUUCUCCUCCAACUCAUGUGUGCCUGUCAUCUGUGAGAAGCCCCUUCCCCUUUUGCAUGGUAACAUUAAAGGCGAAAGAUACAGUUAUGGGGACAUGAUUAUGUACACAUGCCUACCAGGAUUUCAACUACAGGGUGAUAGUGUUCACAUCUGUCAGGGAGACUCCACAUGGAGUGGAGCUCAACCUCUGUGUGUUGCAAAGUCAUGUGGUCCUCCACCAUUUGUGCAGAAUGCAGUUUCUAUGUCAAGUGGUGAAUCAUAUCAGAGUAAUGUCACUUAUGUGUGUAAAUCGGGCCGUAAACUGAUUGGCCCACAAAACCUUACUUGUCAGGUCAAUGGAACAUGGAGCUUACCUGCACCAACUUGUGAGGCCCCUGAAAGUUGUGUAAAGUCUGACAAAUUAUUAAAUGGAAUGGUGCAGGAACAUAGUCUGGCCAAUGGGAGUGCUCUUGAAUUUUUCUGUGAUAAAGGUUACACUCUCCAAGGGGAAUCCCUUGUUCUGUGCAUGGGAAAUGGAUCUUGGAGUUCAUCGUUCCCUGUCUGUACACCCAAGUCAUGCCCAUCUCCUCCUGGCCGGACAGUGAACAGACUAAAUACCACUUUUUUGGUAGGUCAGACAAUACUGGUCACUUGUCCUAAAGGUCAGCAAGUCAAAGGUCAGCGGGGCAAAAGUACUGCUACUAUAACCUGCAGGCGUGAUCAGACCUGGAGUCCAAUCACCAGUGUUUGUGAGAGGGUGUCCUGCGGCCCUCCUCUCCACAUGGCUAAUGGAGUGGUCCGUGGGGCUGUGUUCCAGUUUGGUGAUGUGGCAGCGUACUCAUGCUUCGCGGGCUACAUCAUGGAAGGCACUGGCAGGAGUAUGUGCUUGGAGAAUGGCACAUGGACUCCGCCUCCUGCCUGUAGAGCUGUGUGUUGGCUACAGUGUCAGAAUGGUGGUGUGUGUCAGAGGCCAAAUAUAUGCUCCUGUCCAGAGGGCUGGAUGGGUCGCCUCUGUGAGGAACCAAUCUGCAUCCUGCCAUGUCUGAAUGGAGGACGCUGUGUAGCUCCAUACCAGUGCGAGUGUCCAGCAGGAUGGACUGGCACACGAUGCCACACUGCCGUGUGUUCCACACCAUGUCUGAACGGAGGCAGGUGUAUCAGGCCUAACAGGUGUCAGUGUAGUCAAGGCUGGGGUGGCCAUGAUUGCUCCAGGAAAAGAAAAUCAGGAUAUUUUCAUUUUUAAUAAAAUAUGGCACAGGAGCUGGAACAUCAGCCCACUGUGGUGGAUAUAGGAGUCUUCAGAUAAGACUGAAAACAAUGUCCCCUUCCAAAAAAAUUUCAAAUAAGUGUUUGUUUGUUUUUUUGUUUGUAAAUUAAAGCUGUAUUUUUUCAUAUAGAAAAUAAAACAGUAUUAAGUAUAUGCUGCUGCUAUAUACAUUAACUUGUGUACGAUGUGUAAAAACUUUAAUGUGAUUGCCCAGUGUAUAUGUGUAUAAACUAUUCUUUUCACAUUUUUAUUAAAUCAGAAAAUACAAACAUACAAGACGCAGGUGUCCUACUCCAUCCACAGUCACUUUAAUCACUCCAGGUCCAUUUUCUGCCUCUUUUAGCAGGGAUAAUAUUGUUCUCAUAUCUCCCAUUUACACUGGAUAUGAUUCAGUUUUCACCACUUUAAUUAUGCUAUUGAAACCAUUAUAUAAACACGUAUUUAAAGAUGCACAACAUAUGCCCUUUAUCUAUCUAUACAUCUCCCCAUCUUAUAAACAUUAUCAUUAUUAAACUUCUAUUGAUUUAAGCAGAUCUCAGGUGAAGAGACACUUGUGGAACAGGUGGUGUCUAUUUCUGCACACUUAGUGCCUGGUGUGCAUUUGGUGUGUAAUGGGUAUAA